AGCAGUAGAAAAGAGGAAGAGAGGGUCUGGUCACAGAGCACAGCUCUCUGCUGAAGCAAGGAGUUCUGAGUGGCAAAUCCUGGAGUUGCAAGUGUGUGGGCUAGGAGGAUGGGUCUUCAGACGAGGCUAAGGUAAGAAGACCCUGCGGGUCCCCAUCAGGCAAGUUCUUAAAGCAAAGGACGGGAUUCGUCCUCUUCUCCAGGACUUAGGGACUCAGCGUCAGCUUUAGAGUUGACCAAGUUGCAAUGUCCCCUGGCUCAAGAGCAAGCUGAGUUAGAAGCAGCAGCCCUAAAGAUCACUGGCCCACAAGACACCUCCAAGUUUCUGUUCUGCUCCAAGCUCCGACCUAAGGAAGAAACUCAAAAGAGUUUCCAAAGGUAACCUGAUCAAGUUUCCUGAAUUGAGACACUUCAUCUUUUAGGUUAACUUUCAGGUUAUUUGGUCCUGGCCUGACAUUUGAAAGAAAAAGAAAAUAGGUCUUAAAAAUGAAUUCCACAGAUAGUAAAAAAUCUCUGGGGAAAACUAAAGCUAUAAAACCUGAAUGUGGACAAAGUCUUCUCAUUACUGCAUACAGUUAAUAGUUAAAACACGCAGCUGCUCAGAGGCAGCAUUUUUAAAAAAAACUGGAGCCAGAAGCCAGAGAGUGCGUCUCCGGGAUCCGCUGACGUUCGGGUUCUGUAUUACAAACACCAUUCCCAGCUCCGUCGGCCAACUGAGAACGAGACGCCGACCUUGGACUCAAAGGCAAAUAGAACAAAGUCUUGGUACAAGUUGGAGGGUUCACUGCUGUUAAUGCUAGUCGAGAGUUAAAAGACGAAAAUCCUAAUCUCGGGAAGAGAAGGCGCUCCAUGCUUUUCAGCUCCCCGCCGUCCUGCACAUCGCUCAGGGUAGCGUCUGGCGAAAUGCAAACGCAGCGCCCGCCGGCGCCCGAAGGCCACGGAGCGCCCGGGUGCGGCCGGGCCCCCGGCGACUGGCGCGGAGGCGCGCACACCCCUUUUCUGCAGACUCACAGGUUUUCAGGCCCCGCCUCCUCCGGGCCCAGCUCCGCUCCGCCACCCUGUGGGCCCCGACCCAGGGGUCCCCAGCCCCGCGCCCUCCGCCGUCGCGCCCCCGGCACCCGCUCCGAGCCCCCAGGGAGAGCGGCGCGCGGCGGGGGCGGCGGCGGCGCCUCCGGUCCGCGCCGCGCAGCGUCUGGGUCCCGGGGGCGCAGGGCAGGGAGGCGGGGCGCUCGGCCGGGGGCGGAGCUGCGGCCGCGAGCCCGCCCCCCGCUCGCCCUCCGCCGGCCGGCUGGAGCGGCCAUGGAGGUCUACAUCCCGUCCUUUCGCUACGAGGAGAGCGACCUGGAGCGGGGAUACACGGCAAAUGACGGAGAGGAGGAGUCAGGAGGGCGGAGGAGCAGGAGGCUGAGACGACAUCAGAUAGCAGGAGUUCAGCUAGGUAGUUUAUCAAACCAUUCCGAGCACCUACAGAUCCAACAGGAGAUCCAAGAGAAGAAGAGCAGCGGUUCUAGAAACAGAAAAUCGAUCACUUUCGGAAAGGAAACAACUGAACCGGAGAAUAGUCUUGGGGACCUUGGACACACGAAGUGCCAUUCAUGGAACAACAUCACUUCCUGAUCUUUAAGAGUCUUAACGUAUUUUGUAAAUUUUGAAACUUCAUAUUUUUUUAUUUUCUGCCGACUGAACAUCCCCA